AUGCAAUUUCUUUUUCGACACGCGCUGCAACACUUCAGCGCGGUGAUCGAAGCGGCCGUGUCGGGCCAAUCGCUGCAGCUGUCGCCCAUGGAUCGGCAUAUGCAAAUGCAGCACGCCGCCGCCAACGCCUACGCCGCCGCGCAAGCCGUACGAUCCGUACUCCCGCAGCAGCUCGGGUUCACGGGCGGCCCGUCGCCGAUCUUCCCGCUGGACUUACUGCAGACGCCGGCCGCCACCCUCCAUCCCGCCAGCCUAUUCGUCCCGCACACCGCCUAUCUCCUCCCGAGCACACAGUCGCUAGCCUGCCAAUGUAUGUACAGCAACGGGACACAACCAUGCACGAUACACCACGCGCCGAUCACCUACGGACAGGCGACGUUUCCGGCUUUCCAAGCGGUCCCCCCGGCCUCCCCGGCGACGUUGCACAGCCCGCCGGUGAACACGCAGCCCGCCGUCCAACAAGUCACCCACCCUGUCGCCCAGAACCCGCCCGCCCAACAGCAGAUUGUUCAGCAACACCAGCAGCCCCACCCCUCCAACAGCCAGCAAACAAUCCAGAACACGCCCAGCCACGCCCCGGUGAUAUCGUUACCUCCCGGACCCGUCGCCCCAGCCCUUCCCCCGACCAUGCCCCACUCGAUGCGCUCGCUGACGAUGCGCUUGAAACGAACGGCCCCUCAGCAUAGCCAAAUUGCGAGAUUGUCGUCAAAGGUUCGGCGGGUUGAAGGCCGGCCGUCCACCGACGCCGAGCUGUCACCCUCUGAGCCGCCGUCAACAUCACAAUUGACACGGCCACAAUCACUCGGAUUGGGACAGUUGUGCACCAACUGCCAGGACGGCACGCGCAGCUCGACGUGCUUGAGCUGUGUUCCCUGCCACCACUGCGUCCUCUGCCAACAUCACCAAGCCGCUUCGGCCAGCGCCUCCGCGCAGCCCCAACAAAGCUUGGCGGUUCCUCAGCUCUCCGCGACGAUGAGCGCGCAAGCGCACAGUCUGCUGUCCGCGCUGCAGGCGGCGCCGCCCGCGCAGCAGUCGUCCAGUCCGUUUCAGACGCAACAAAUCGCGGCGCUGGCCGCGCAACAGGACCUCAUCCAGACGAUCUCGCGCGAGCGGAUGAACGCGGCGAUCUGGUCGCGUCAACUGCAGGCAUACGACACGACCAACACGGCCGCCUUCAAUCAACGCCUCGCCGCCCCCUAUACCCUGUCGCAAUUGUCGUUGACCGGACACCCCGGGCAUCUUCUCGUCGUCCCCAGGGCCGGCACGAUUCCGAUCCAAAACGCCCGCCUGGACCUCGUGUUCACCACCCUUCCAUCCGAAGUGAUGUACGAGCGGCCGACGAUGGAGCGCCAACACGCGACGGCCGUCUUUGGAGGGCAACCCGUCGCUGAGCCUCAACCCAUUGGAGCAUCACUCGACGACAUCGAGAAGAACACCCAGCGCAGCGAGUUCGUCAAGGAUCUCGAGAUACCCGAAAAUGAGAAAGAGCGGUGUACGGUGUGCCUGAUGGAUUUCGAGUCUGGAGAUGGUGUGCGCACCCUCCGAUGUGAACACCUUUUCCACGUCGACUGCAUCGACAAAUGGCUCGUCUACAACAAGAAAUGCCCGGUGUGCCGCGUGGAGGUGGACUGCCCGAAGGCGGCGCUGCUCGUCGAG